AUGCAAAUCCCAGAAGGAGCUACUUCUAUGAGCCAGGCUCAGCAUUAUCGAGCUCCCCCACCACCAGUCACCCCGUCUUCCCUGUCCUUUCCCUUCUCUGAUCGCAGAUUCGACCUCAAACCCUUCGUCCAGAUAUCCAACUCUGGUAAUCAAGCAUCCGAAGAUGAAGUUGGAGUGUGUGCAGCGCUUCUCACUUUUUGCUCCUACAUACUCAUCAUGAUCACAUUCCCUCUCUCUCUGUCUUAUUGCAUCAAGGUGGUGCAAGAGUACGAGCGUGCGGUAAUUUUCAGGCUAGGUCGCCUCCUUAAGGGAGGUGCGAAAGGACCAGGCAUCUUCUUCAUUGUGCCCUGCAUCGAUACAUAUCGAAAAGUGGAUCUCCGAACGGUGUCUUUUGAUGUUCCUCCUCAGGAGGUUUUAUCCAGGGAUAGCGUAACGGUGAGCGUGGAUGCCGUCGUUUACUACCGGGUCAACAAUCCAACCAUGGCCGUGGCUAAUAUCACUGAUUACAGCCAUUCAACUCGACUGCUUGCUGCAACAACUCUUCGGAAUGUGUUGGGUACAAAGAACCUCAGUGAAAUCUUGGCUGAGAGGGAAACCAUCUCACAUACAAUGCAAGCAUCUUUGGAUGAGGCCACUGAUCCUUGGGGUGUGAAAGUGGAGAGAGUUGAAAUAAAAGAUGUUAGACUCCCAGUGCAAUUGCAACGUGCCAUGGCAGCUGAAGCUGAAGCUGCCAGGGAAGCUAGAGCCAAGGUGAUAGCAGCUGAAGGAGAGCACAAGGCUUCAAGGGCCCUGAAAGAAGCUGCUGAAGUCAUUGCUGAGAGCCCUGCUGCACUUCAGCUGAGAUAUCUGCAGACAUUGAAUACCAUCUCGGCAGAGAAGAAUUCUACAAUCAUAUUCCCAAUCCCUGUGGAUGUUCUCACUCACUUUCUCAAGUAGAGAAAGAGGGACACAUACUGCCUUGAACUUGUUGAUUGUUUCUGAACUUCAUAUACUCCUGAACUCCAUCUUGUGCUCUUUUCCUGCUCAUUCACAUCCUCCUUCUAAAUGCUGUCAUCUGUCAGUUGCUCACUCUUGCUCAAGUUUCACUGGUGUUGGUAGAGGGAACUUCAAGAGAACCUGAGGCAUCCCUAGUUCCACCUGCACAUAUUGCCUUCUGCUUCUACAUGAGAAUGACUUCUGCUGAGCUGCAUUUCCAGUUUUGUAUUGUGUUCUACACAGGACUGCUUGCAUCACUGGCAGAAAAACCUCUAUUGCUUCAUUUUGACGUUCUGUUGUGUCUCCCCAUUCAUGAUACGCUUACCAUGGGAACCCUUCUUCAUUCACCACA